AUGCGGGAGACGCCCCCCCUAGCUUCCAUCACGUGUGGGUCCAGCCUCGUCAACUUCAGUCCGUUUUCGCGCCUGAACAUCACAGUCUCAACACACAAACCAUCACUACCACCGGCUGAUUACCUCAACAAGAGCGAUCGCACAGGUUUCCAAGAUGCCCAAUCUUCUGUACGCCCCGUCCCUCGUGCGCCCGAAUCAACAAAGGCCCCUCCAACUGACAACUUGCUCCCAGGCGAUUAUUGCGAUGUCUACCUCACGCACGAUUCCAUGAGCGUGCGCAAGGCUCACAACAGUGGUCGAAACCAUUUGCGAAACGUGGUUGACUAUUACCAACAAAUCGGCCACGAGAAGGCUCAAUCCGUCAUCGACUCCAUCACCUCUUCUUAUGCUGCUGAAGGCCAAGCACACGCAAAUCCUAUGCUUCCUCAAAAUCAACCUGGACACGGCUUUCCGCCACCUCCCUUCGCGUUCCCAGGUGGUAUCCCUCCUCCGCCUUUCCCGGGGAUGCCAGGUGCGCCUCCUGGACAAUUCCCUCAAGGACUACCUCCCCCUCCUGGCGGUGGUCGAGGCAUGCCCCCAAUGCCCCCAUUCCCCGGGCCCAAUGGCAUGCCUGUCCCUCCUAACGGUCUUCCAUUUCCUCCCCCUCCAGGCGGCUUCCCGUUCCCUCCUCCGGGCGCCCCAGGAGGACCUGGUGCUGCCGGUGGUGCCCCUCCUCCUUUUCCUGGCAUGCCUGGCAUGCCUCCGCCCGGCCAAGGAUUUCCACCACACGGAUUCGCUCCUCCCGGAGCCGGAGCUUCCGGACAUGAGAAGCGAUGA